CUGCUGUUCAUCGCCUACUUCACCUUCCUCACUCACUACUCGGCAGACUUCAGUUUCACUUAGCUCUAUCCAUCGCAUUCUCACCCAAUCAACCGGCCAAUUCAACCCUGAGACACACAAGAACAAGUGUUCUAAAAACCAAGCAACAAGAUGGUCGAACGCGUCAACAAGCCCAAGCCCCCAACGCUCUCGUCGACGCCCGGCCUGCCCCCUCAGGCGACAGUGACCUUUUCCGACGACAACUCGCGCGUGGUAGCCGAGCUGCCUACGGGGGAGAGCGUCGAGGUGCUGCUCUACGGCGCCACCGUCAUUAGCUGGAAGGACGCCUCGGGCAACGAGAAGCUCUGGCUGAGCGAUGCCGCCAAGCUGGACGGCAGCAAGGCCGUCCGGGGCGGUAUUCCUGUCGUUUUCCCGGUCUUCGGCACGGCCCCAACGCACCCUCAAACCAAGGACCUUCCGCAGCAUGGGUUCGCGCGCACCUCGCGCUGGGAGUUCCUGGGUAAGUCGACGUCCGAGUCGACGGCAGACAACAACACCUCGGCCAACAACGAGCCGACGGUGAAGCUCGACUUCGGGCUAAGCUCGGGCUCGCCGGGGCUCGACCCCCUAGCGCACGCCCACUGGCCGUUCCGGUUCAACCUGAUCUACAGCGUGACGCUGAAUCCAUCGAGCCUCACCACGAGCAUCGUAGCCACCAACGACGGCGCCGAGCCGUUUGAGUGCCAGGUGCUCAUGCACACCUAUCUGCGCGUCAACGACAUCACCGCAAUCGAAAUUCACGGCCUCUCCAACGCGUCCUACACGGACAAAGUCGACGCCGGCGCAGCCAAGACCCAGACCACGACCCCGCUCACCAUCACAGGCGAGACGGACCGCGUGUAUGCACCCGUGGAAGAAGCCGUGACUGUCGCAGAACAAGGGCGGCCCAAGUACCGGGUCACGCGCGACAACCUGAGCAACGUGGUCGUGUGGAACCCGUGGACCGACAAGGCACAGAGCAUCGCCGACUUUGAGCCCAAGGACGGCUUCAAAAAGAUGCUGUGCGUCGAGCCUGGCGCGGUGGGGUCGUGGCAAGCUGUCGAAGCAGGGGACGCGUUCGAGGGGGCGCAAACUAUCACGCUCUUGUGACUGACGGGUUGGGGGCAGGUGGGCAGUCGAGGGAAGUCUAUCGGGAAGGGUGUUUUGUGAUCAUGGGGGUGAAGUUGGGAACCGAUGAUGAAUGUGCUCAGUCAUCUUAAUCGGCUAUGAUGGUUGAAGGGGUGGGAACAAGCCUGCUAGCGUAAGUUGGAUGGAAAUCUGAUAGAGCUGUUUGCAUAGUUUCAGAAAGACUACUGUGGGAGGAGCUCCGAGUCCUUGGUUCACUGUCAAGAACCAAAUCACUCGUUAUGCCCCCGAACCAAUCGUUGCUGGGCCAACAAGACCCUAUAUGAUCCUAACGUCACAUAUCACCAGGGAGCUCAUGAUGAAUUCUAGUACAAGUACACCACCUUUUGCCCAAUCAUUUCUGUUGCAACUAACAGUUUCUAGUAUGUCUAAGUGGGCUUGGCUAACGCCACACAGAGCGAUUGGAGACUGUAAGUCGACACCACUUGAGGGAGUGUAUUUGGA